UUAAAAUUCAGUGUUGUAAGCUAACUGUGGAUUAGAGGAGGGUUCAAUACAACAUUAGCAUAUUUCCUAUUUGUUGACAACUUGCAUGUUGGCUCACGAUUUUGAAUCCUCUGCCUCCGGUUGCCGAGAUGAACAAACCGCAUGAGCGCUGAUUAAUGCCAGCCAGCAUGACAACUGGAUAUGGUCUUUUAUCAGGGAAGAAGGACAGUUGGAGGUGAAGGCUGUGCUGAGACUCACCUCCCCAGGUUGAUGACUCCUCGGGGGAUUCCUGUUGGCGUGUUGAAGGCAGGCAGCAGCUUCUCUCCCAGCUCCAGUACUUUAUUCUUGAACAACUGGAAAGAAAAGAAGGCAACUUAAAUCAUCUUAUAUGAGGAGAGGAACUUCCAGGGUCGCUCCUAUGAGUGCAUGAGCGACUGCUCUGACAUGACCUCCUACCUGAACAGGUGCCACUCCUGCAGGGUGGAGAGUGGCUGCUUCAUGGUCUACGACCGCCCCAACUACAUGGGCAACCAGUACUUCAUGAAGAGGGGCGAGUACGCUGACUACAUGAGCAUGAUGGGAAUGAGAGACUGCAUCAGGUCUUGCCGUAUGAUCCCACUGCACAGAGGCCAGUUCAGGAUGAGGAUCUACGAGAGGGAGAACUUUGGUGGUCAGAUGCAUGAGCUGAUGGAUGACUGCGACAACAUCAUGGACCGCUACCGUAUGUCUGACUGCAUGUCCUGCAACGUGAUGGACGGUCACUGGCUGAUGUAUGAGCAGGCCCACUACAGAGGCAGGAUGAUGUACAUGAGGCCCGGAGAGUACAGGAGCUUCAGGGACAUGGGCAUGAGUGGCAUGAGGUGGAUGAGCAUGAGGCGCAUCAUGGACUCUUGCAACUAAAUGUAUUAAAUGAAACUAAAUAAAGCAAUUGCUGCCCUAC